GCUGCCAAGUAUGAGAAAGGAGCAGAGAACUUGUGUCCCAGUUUCUCACAAAUACCCGGCAGACAUUCACAUUCCCUCGUGAACCGCGGACCUGUUGCCAGUGCCAGAGCCAGACCUCCUCCCCCUCUCUCUCUCCCCUCCUUGCUACACCUCAUCGUAAAAAGAAGCGGUGCCCCUCCCUCAGAGGACACCUGCUAAGAAGUUUCCUCUCUUUUGAAGUGUUCGCAACCUUUCCCCGUUGUUAGUGGCAAGAAACCACAUACCAACAGUGUAAAUAAGAGUGCGAGCGACUUCCUGUGUGAAACCUCGAACCGCAGUACCGAUAUUUAUUAUUUAUUUGUGACAUUGCGCAAGCGCGCAGCUGCAGCAGACGACGAGAGUCAGCUGAUGCGAAGUGACGUCACGUCUGUCGUCUUCCAAUCAUGAGGAGGGAGACUCAGUUCAAGAUGGCCGACAACAAGGCUGGGUACAUCACGAAGAAGGUCCAAAAACAAGCCAGCAGGGCCAAAGAAAAGGUUCCUCGUAUAUCCGAGGAACUUGUAUUCGUUCUUGAUGAGAAGGAUGAUGGUGCGGAGCUGCGGGUCACGUCGUCGUUCCCGACCCGCAUCUCAUUUAUCUUGCAAAAUUUGGGGAAGGCAGAUAAGACCACAGAUGAGAUCUUUGAUGACUAUGUCCAUAACUUCACGAAGCAACAGAGUGGUGCUAAUCGUCUCCAUAAGGAGAUCAACAAUUACGUACGAUGUGUUCGAGCCAUGCAAGCUGCGAGCAAGAGCCUCUUCGAUACGGUGAACGAGAUGUAUGAGCUAGAAUGGACUGGCCGAGAUGUAAUGGUCAUCCAAGCUCAAAACUUGGAGAUGCUCUGGGCUGAUUUUUCUCAAAAACUUACCGAGCAAGUCCUCAUCCCUUUGAAUAACUACAUGGUCCAAUUCCCUGAAGUUCGGCAAAAAAUUGAGAAGCGAGGCCGGAAGCUGCUCGACUAUGACAGUCAGCGACACGGAUAUGAAGCGCUGCUCAACAAUACCAAGAAGAGGGAUGAGAUGAAGAUAGCUAAGGCAAAGGACCAACUGGAUGAUGCUCGCAAGCUCUACGAGGUCCUCAAUACCGAAUUACACGAGGAGCUCCCUUCUCUAUACGACUCUCGUAUCCCGUUCCUGGUCUCUAACUCACAGACCCUCUGCUCUGCUGAAGCCCUUUUCCAUGUUGAAUGCUCCAAGGUACAUGGUGAGUUAGAGGCUGUGAUGGAGAAGCUGAACAAAGAGGCUCGAAGUGGGGGCUAUAAUGUGAAGCGCCACCCACCACGCUCACCUCGUACCCCAACCAGCUCACCCACCAGGAAAUCCAUAGGUAUGGUUCAUGGAUCUCCAGGUUCCUCCCCCUCCAAGCCAGAGGGAAAUCAGCAGCCAUAUGAGGAGAUCCCCGACAAUUACAAGCCCAAUGAAAAUGGAGAACUUUCCCCUGGGGAAGAAGGUCAUGGAGGAGGGUCACCUGGGAAAUUCCAGGUUGUGAAGACAGCCUCCAAUCCCCAUGGUGGCCCCCCGACUGAAGUUGUCUACGACAUCCCUGUCGGAGCCACCACUGAUGAUCUGCCUCCAGGGGUGCUAUAUCGAGUACGAGCCACCUAUCGCUACCAGAAGGAAGAUGUGGAUGAACUGUCAUUUGACAUAGGGGAGAUUAUUCAGGUGGUGGAGUAUGAGGAUCCUGAAGACCAGGUGUGA